AUGGCACCUGAGCCAAACAACACAGAGAGAAACUGCGCUGCGAUGCAAUACGCAUACCGAAGAGUCAACUCGUCUGAGGACGCCGCGGAGGGUAGCCUCCCCCGGAAGGGGGGCAUGCUGCGGAGCACCGAGGGGAAGAAAGUAGUCAAGGACGUGAUACUGGCCGCGUUAGCCUUCCUCGGUGUACUGAGUAUGGCUUACAACAUCACUUUCUAUCGCGGCCGACAGCAGCACGACAGUGUCAUGUUCGACCCGUUCGCAGAGGGCUACGCCGUACCGCGGCAAUCGUGCCACUGCGGGAGCACCACAGCCGAGGCCAGGGUGUUGGGGUGCAAGUACAGCCCGCUGGCGUCGGCGUGGCUGCCGGAGCACUGCCGCGACGACGAGCUCGAACUGGAGUUCGAGUUGCUGGGCGACGGGCCUGACGGGCACUGGAUGUACUUUGCAGACAAGGCGCGGCAGGUCCGGCUCAGCCUGGACGAGAUCGCCGAGUUUGGGAACGAUCCCAAUGCCACGUUCCAUAUGAGCUCCGAGUGGCAUAUCACGCACUGCUUCUUCUUCUGGCGGUGGGAGCAUCGAAACCGGUUCAACGGCAAGUUCCUGCCGCUCCGAUCCGACAGCGAGCACCACAUCAAGCACUGCGAGCAGGUCGUCAGAGGGGGCGGAAACUUCCAGGUCGUCUCGGGGGUGACACUAGAUGCUGACAAGGUCGAGUUCGAACUUGAUGAGUGA